ACCAGUUAUGAGUCGGCCGUAAGUGAGGCCCGACUAGUGGACAGACGUGUGAGGCAUGAGUUAGACAGUGGACUACCCCUUACCGGACAGUCCAUACGGGAACAGCCAUUACUGGGCAUACCGUUCACCGCAAAAGACUCCUUCUCAGUAAAAGGUAUGCCCUGGACGUCAGGUUUGUAUGCAAGGAAAGGGAUCACCGCUCCGGUAGACAGCGAAGUGAUUACGAGGUUACGAGAUGCCGGUGCCAUAUUCAUAGGUCUGACUAACGUACCGGAGCUCAUCAUGUGGUGGCACUCGACUAAUAUACUGUACGGUCGGACAAACAACCCGUACGACAGGAGUCGCAUACCAGGGGGUAGUUCGGGGGGCGAGUGUGCGCUCAUAGCCUCCGGUGGUUCCCUCAUGGGGAUUGGGUCAGACAUCGGGGGUUCAAUCCGUGAGCCCUCAUAUUUUUGUGGUAUAUUUGGUCAUAAGACCACUAAUGGUGUUGUAUCUACCAUGGGCAUUUAUCCCAUGUUUGGUGAAUCAAAACAAAGGUUACUAGCUGUUGGUCCUUUCUGCAGAUAUGCUGUGGAUUUGAAACCAAUGCUGAAAGUGAUGUCCGGAAGUAAUGCAUCGAAACUCAAAUUUGACAAAACGGUUGACUUGAAUACCAUUAAAGUGUAUUACAUGGAGGGACACAAUAACCCUGGUAUAAGUCCACUACAACCGGAAGUCAGGCACUCGUUAAACCAAUGCGUCGACUAUUUACGUAAUAAAUGCCGAGACUGUGAGCGCAUAUACCUUAAGGAACUGGAGCUCGGCUUUGAUAUAUGGAUGUGCGCUAUGACUGACCCGACGGCGCCUACACUCGAGCAGGAAUUGGCAAACUUGAAGGGACGGAUCAAUCCAUAUGUUGAAUUAGUGAAGUCCCUGUUAGGUGUGUCUAACAUAACCUUCCCGUCGAUUAUCAGUUGUUUCGAUGACUUGAUUACUGGUCUAUCGAGUGAACAGUAUUUCAAAUUCUUAAAGAAAUUAAGGCUAGAGUUAAGCGAAAAGUUGCACAAAAUUUUGGGAGAUGAUGGUGUGUUUGUAUACCCGGGUCAUCCGGAAACAGCGCCUAAACAUAACGGAACGGUACUUAAGGUGAAGAACAUAUCGUACACCUGUGUGUUCAACACACUGGAUGUGGCCAUCACUUCAGUGCCGUUAGGGCUGUCCACUGAUGGCCUACCCAUCGGUGUGCAGAUCAUUACCAACCCAUUCAACGAUCACUUGAGUAUAGCCGUGGCCGAGGAACUGGAGCGUGGGUUCGGUGGUUGGACUCCACCCGCGGCUAUUAUUUGUUAGUCAUGUCGUUAUAAAAGUUAUCUAGCACAUAAAU